AUGGACAACAUCUAUGUGAUGAAUUACCUGAUUAAUAGACAAUUGAAAAGAAAAGGUGGAAAGAUGACGGCAAUGUUCGUAGACUUAAAGGCAGCGUUCGAUUCAGUGGACAGGGAGAAAGUAAUGAAGGCAAUGGAAGAGAGAGGAAUAAGGAAGGGAUUGAGAAAAAGGGUAGAGGAGGUGAUGAGGGAGACAAUUUCGGACUUAGAGGAAAAAAUGAAGGUGAAAAGAGGAGGAGUAAGGUUAGGUGAAAAAAGGAUAUAUACAUUAGCGUACGUGGAUGAUAUGGUGUUGCUUGUAGAGGAGGAGAAAGAAUUGAGGAGCAUGAUCGAAAGACUAGAAGAGUACUUAGAUCAUAAGAGGUUGGAAUUGAACGCGAAGAAGAUGAAAGUAAUGAAGUUUAGGAGAAGGGUGGAAGGUGGAAGAAAAGGGAAUGGAGAUGGAAAGGAGAGAAAAUGGAGGAAGUAA